AUGGAAUUCAAGAGAAGUUUCAGAACCAACACGACAGAUUGGCGAUGUGUUUAUCCAAAAGUCCAUUCCUGGUCACUGGAUGGAAGUGGAGAUUGUUGUUCAUGGGACGGCGUCGAAUGUGAUGAAGUCACUGGCCGAGUGAUCGUCCUCAACCUCAGUAGCAGUUGUCUCUCAGGCACCAUGAGUCCUAACACCACUCUCUUUCGACUUGUUCACAUGGAGUCGCUCAAUCUCGCUUUCAACGGAUUCAACUUCUCCUCAAUUCCGUACGGCUUUGGCAAUCUUUCAAAGUUACAAUACCUUAAUCUCUCCUCCUCCGACUUCUCCGGUGAAAUCCCUCGCGAUAUCUCGCAACUCUCCAAGUUAGUUUCUCUCGAUUUGUCCACUUCUUCGUACGAGACACUUCAUAUGCCCAACAUGGGCGACUUCGUUCAUAACUUAACUGGGCUAAAAGAACUUGAUCUUUCUCAGCUAUCGGAGCUAGAGCUCUCUUACAAUAACUUGCAAGGUCAAAUCCCUGUUUCCUUUGCUAAUCUUACCCAGCUCUCGGAGCUAGAUCUCUGUUACAAUAACUUGAGUGGUGAUUCUUUGGAGUGGGUGGUCAACUUGACAAAACUCACGCUCUUGAGACUUUCAGGUAAUCGGUUAAGUGGUGGAUUUCCAUCUUCAUUUGAGAAUCUGAAGCAAUUGACUUAUCUUGACCUUUCUAGCAACGAUUGGCAUGGUGAUAUUUUGGGCGCAUUGCGGAAUCUAAAGGACCUCGAAGUGCUUUAUCUGAAGUCGCUUAAUUUCAAUGGCGUUCUCGAUGUGAAUGAUCUAUUCACACUCAAGAACUUGACAUACUUAGCUUUGUCCAACAAUAACAUAUCUUUCACCAGGCUACUUAAGCGAAUUGGAGGAGUUAUUCCUACAACACAACAAAAUUCGAGGGAAUCGGAUCUCGAAGUGCUUUCUCUGGAGUCGCUUAAUCUCAAUGGCGUUCUCGAUGUGAAUGAUCUAUUCACACUCAAGAACUUGACAUGCUUAGUUCUGUCCAACAAUAACAUAUCUUUCACCAAGUCAUUCAUCAAUGUCACGACAUCGAAGCUGACCUACUUAUACUUGGAUUCAUGCAACUUGAUCGAGUUCCCACGGUUUAUAGGCUACUUGAGCGAAUUAGAGGUGUUAUUCCUACAACACAACAAAAUUCAAGGGACCAUUCCUAGAUGGAUGUGGAACAAUAGCAAAGAAUCUCUCAAAUAUGUAGAUCUUUCUCACAAUCUUUUAACCGGCUUCGAAAAUAACCAGACCAAUCUUCCUUUGCCGAACUUGAGGUAUCUUGACAUUAGUUCUAACUCGCUAAAAACAACCCUCCUUGUCCCACCUCCCUUGGUCAUGUUAUACAACAUCUCCAACAAUUUCCUAUUUAGGGGAGUUCCAACAUCCAUAUGUGAAGUGAGCUCUCUUGCCGUGCUCGAUUUGUCCAAUAAUACUCUAAAUGGCACACUUCCUCCUUGUUUGGGAAGUAUUUAUCCUUUGAUUUUAUUGAACCUUGCGAGAAAUAAAUUCGAUGGCAUGAUUCCUCACGUUUACCUAGAUGAUUGUGCAUUGAGGAUGAUUGACCUCAGAGAAAACCAACUAAGUGGUAUUGUUCCGACAUCUUUAGGAAAUUGCAGUAUGCUGGAGUAUUUGAAUCUUGGUGACAACCAAAUUAAUGAUACGUUCCCAUUUUGGCUAUCAGAAUUAACCUACCUAAAAGUAAUUGGCUUGCAGUCCAAUAAUUUCCAUGGUCCCGUAGAAUCUAAUCUAAGCCAGCUCAACUUCUCCAGUUUACACAUCCUGGACAUUUCCAACAAUGGCUUCAAUGGCGAAUUUCCUUCCACCUUGUUGAAGAGUUGCCACGCCAUGAAGGUCAUGGUUGGUCAAGAUAAAUUGGCAUAUUUGGAUAUUAAAUUGCUUCUUUAUGGUUCAUUCAGAAGAACGACUUAUGGGAUGAAAUUGAUGAAUAAGGGCAUGAAAAGGGAAUAUGCGAAGAUUCCAGAUGUCCUCAUCGCAAUUGACCUCUCCAACAACAAGUUUGAAGGGUUCAUUCCUGUAGUCAUUGGAGAUCUGGAAUCACUUCGCAUGCUCAACCUUUCAAACAACCUCCUCAAUGGUAGCAUCCCUCCUUCCUUGGCCAAUCUGACAGUGCUCGAAGCACUGGAUCUUUCCCAGAACAAUCUUGUGGGAGAGAUUCCUCAACAACUAGCCCGCCUCACAUUUCUUUUGGUUUUCAAUAUCUCUCACAAUCAUCUAUCAGGACCAAUACCGCAUGGAACGCAAUUUGAUACAUUCGAGAGUAGUUCAUUUGCGAUGAAUAAUGGUUUGUGUGGAAGCCCCUUGCCAAAUAAAUGCACAAAUGGUGAGGAUGCUCCACCACCACCAUCAUCUUUCAAAGUGGAUAAUGAAGAAGAGUGUCUCUUCAACUUGGAUUGGAGAAUCAUGUUGGUUGGCACUGGAGUCGGGUUUUCGGGUGGUAUUGUGAUAGAGAACUUGAUCAUUGAUGAGAAGAGGAUGUGGUUCUUGUGCUACUCCAAGAAAAUGGCAAAAGGAUGGAAAAAGGUGAGGAAAGCCCUUGCAGACAAGAAAAUAUGCAGCUAGAUAUUUAAUGCCCUAUCUUUUAAGUAGAUCAUCGAGAAAAGUUAUACAUGCAUAUGUGAAGAUUCCGAUCUAUGUUUAUUUGCUAUAGUAACAUGGAGAUGUUGUUUUCUUGCUCAUGAAAGUUAUAAUUCUUUUGAAGAUUCUAACCUGUGUCUAUCCAUAUAUGCAUCGGCAA